AUGGCCGACAAAACGUUGACACACGGCAUGCUCGAUGGAGCAUGGAUGCCGCAAGAUGCAGAGACAAACAAGGAUAGGUGGAUGCACCGACUGACAUCCGCUGAAGUUGAUGGUCUCGACCACGCUCUUCGAACAACCCAAUCACGAGGACAUACGGCCUGCGAUACAAUGACCAAGGAAGAUUUUCCUCUCAACACGGCCAUGGUCGAAGUCUUAAAACAAUUGCUUGACCACGUCGAGAACGACAUGGGAAUGUUCGUGAUUCGCGGCAUUCCAGUCGAGAGGUACAGCAAGGCUGAACUGAGAAUGCUCUACUGGGGUAUCGGCCUCCAUCUUGGGACAGCUGUGACGCAGAGCGGCAAGGGCGAUCUCCUCGGCGACGUCAAGAACUUCGGACAGAAGACGACACCAAACGCAAACACUGGGAGAGUCUAUAUGCUCAAUGUCGGCUUGUCGUUUCACUCGGACAGCUCGGACAUCGUAUCUUUGAUCGUCCUUCGCACUGCUCCGGAAGGCGGCCGCAGCAUGAUCUGCAGCUCCAUUGCUGUACGCAACGAGAUUGCGAGGCGCCGGCCUGAUCUGCUGAAGGUCCUGUACGAGGACUUUUACUGGAGCUGGAAAGGAAGCGGACCUCCUGGAUUUCCGAAAUGGUAUAAACAACCAGUGUUCACUGAGCACAAUGGCAAAUUCUCUGCGCGCCAGGUUCCGCCCCACAUUGAAUCUGCGCAGGACUUCCCUGAGGUUCCACGACUUGCUGAGAAGCAGAGGGAAGCUUUUAACUUUGUUGACAAGGUCGCGAACGAGGAGCAUAUGCACUUCGGAAUGAUGUUCGAGCCUGGUGGCAUCCAGUUCUUGAACAACCAUAUCACAUUCCACGCUCGUACUGAGUUUACAGAUGGCGACACCGAAGACACCAAGAGACAUCUGCUACGAAUGUGGCUCGCGCCAAAGAAUAGCAGGCAACUCAGCCCAUCUUGCGGCUUCUUCGCGGACAAGACAGCUGGUGUUGUGCGUGGCGGCUUCCCAGGUGCAACAGAAACUCUGCUGUACGAGACACCAGCUGUUGACUUGUGA